UCCAACUCAAUUCCCUUUCUUGUACCUCAGCAGAACACAGAUUCCUCACUGGCGCCGUCUAGGAGGGCAGUUCCUUCACACAUAUUCCAAGCAUCGUCCGAACUUUUCCUUGUUCUGACGUCAUGCGAGACAACGAGAAAAGUGAGUAAGUCUCAACUGCAGGCUGUCUCUGCAUAGCCCUCGUCAAAUUGACAGUUGAGUAGGCGCAGGUGCCGCGACGGUCAACACCACAAUGACGUCACUAGUCACUGGGACUCCCUACAAUCUGACCAGUGUUGAGACGUCAACUCUCUCGCCGGGGAACUGGACAGUUGAUGACAGAGCAGGCGGUAAAACUGUUGGUCAGAUGGUGUACCUCGGCUACCUCUGGCUCGCCCUCAUCAUCGGCCUGCCAGGCAACGCCCUCAUCUCUUCCGUCUACAUGUCGGUCAAGGUGAAGCGGACCUGCGAUUGGUUCAUUUUCUUCCUGGCCGUCUACGACUGCGCCGUCUGCCUGUUCGCGGUGCCCCUGUACCUGAGUCUGGAGACGGGGGCGUGGCAGGAAUCUGGGACUGACCUGGCGUGUAAGCUGGAGCAGUUCACCAUCUUUACCUCUCAGUUCUCCUCCGUGUCCAUUUUGGCGAUCAUCGCUGUAGACAGGUACCUAAAGAUCUGUCACCCCACCAAACGCUCUCUCACGGCCAGACAAGCUCGGAACAUUGGGUUAUUUGCCCCUGGCUUGUCUGCAGCAUUUGCCGCCCCUGUCCUCAUCUGGGAGGGCAAUGUAGAGCGACGGUUCUGUCGUGUUUUAGAUCGAUAUCGAGAUACAUUAGGUGUGAAAAUCCAUCUGUUUGCGACGUUCACCUGUUACAUCUUCAUGUUCCUGGUGGUCACCUUCUGUUACAGUAAAGUGGUCAUCGUUGUGCAGCGCAGGAUCAAACGACACAAGGAGAACGCACUGCGUCGCAAACACCUCAUGCAGAUACCCGCCUUCAUCCAGGCUAUCUCCAACGUCAACGAUCCUAACGGAGGCGGGAGAAUGUCCUCUGGUCGUCGUAAGUUCUCCCUCUUCUCAUUAGGAGGGACUCGGCGCCUGUCGGCUUUGGGUCCGUGGGUGAGAGCGAGGCUUAGCCUACCCUCAGACGGGGACUCCGCUCCCAGGAAGCUAGGACUUGAUGCGGAUGAUGUGAGCGCGGUCGCCAGUAAGGAGAGUUUGGAGGAGAGUAAGAAGAAACUUGACCACGCUCUUCAGUGUCGGUCUCGGGACGGGUCGGUCACUCAUGAGACAGCUUCUUUGUCCGGCCAGCGGUUGACCCACUCAGCAGUGGGCGUCAGUUUGGUGAAAUCAGUGUCAUCGUCUUUACUGAGCCCCUGUCACGAGAUGAGUGUAUUAGAACCUGCCAUUAGUUGUUGUGAAUUCUCUCCGUCGUCUGGUUUCACAACUGAUGAGUAUAACUGUUUUAAUAGUUCUUAUCUCGCCCCUCUUUCUCAGAAGAAAGUCAGUUCGACAAUCUCUGCUGAAACUGUUGUUUCGCUAGAGAGUCGUGCAACUAAGAAAACAGCCGACAUAGAGAUGAGAGUCCUCUGUGGGGAUAAAAACAGACGGGUAAAAGUUUCAUCUCGGGAUUAUGAUUCAGAUUCAGAAGUUGUCUUGCCACUGUUGCCUCCUAGCGGGUCUCAAAAUGAACCUGGCAGUUUUUCAAAGGGAGGAGCUAGUUUGCCAUUGACAGUCAAUGUUGUUUCUGACGUCCCUAGUAUUUCCCUAAGUGCCCCUUGCGGUGAACAAGAACGUUCUGUCAGUUCACAAUCUCUUCUGCAGGCCGACAUCAAUAAUUGCACUAAUCAGACAUUCUGCCAAAUAGAUCAAACAGAUAUACCUAGUUGUUGGAGAGUGAAAGACUUGGUGAGCUACAAGGAAGAAAGGAAUGAGCCGUCUUGUUCCCAAAACUGCAAUGCGGGACAAAGUAUAGUCUGUGGAAACUUGACCACAGAUGACACCCGGAGCACAGAUAUGAUAAACGUCAGUUCUGAGGAUGACAUGUGUUUCCAAACACUCUCUUCUUUGCAGGAUAAGGAAUCAAUCUGUGGCCAAACAAUGAUCGGGAAGGGUAAACAUAUUGAGUCCACUCUCACACACAGUUGCCAUCCAAGGGCGAAAAACGCUGACGAGGAGCAAGAUUUAUCAGAUAACGAAAUCAAACGAGAUCUUGGGUCCACGAGUGAGUCGCGUUUCAAUUCAUUACCCCGUUAUCAUGGCGGAGAGAGCACUCAAAAUACUCGUGGACAACCGAGAAGGUUUUCCACACAGAUCGAUAAAGCGGGCCCUGCUGAAACAGAUGCUCUCCUUGGGGCAGAACUUGACGUUACUCUUCCCUGCCAAUUGCAUUCGUCUCCGACCUUCGCCCCUUUAACUCCAUCUCUUUUCGACAUUAUCGAUAAUGACACUUCAGAGACAAAAUCGACACCGGCCGUCACAUUGCCCCGCGGUGAUAGAGAAAAAGAAAUCUCGCCACAGUGCCCUUUGACCUUGAAUUACGUAAUACAAGAUGACGGUUCUUUUGUUCUGAAGGGGCAGGCACAUGGAAACCACAAAGAAUGUGCUCAAGAAUCAAUCUGUGAUUCAACGAUCCCAGCGAAAAGAACUAAAAGCGUAAUAUGUCGGAACGGUGAUGUCUCCCAUCAGCUAACCCCCCUGAUAACCGAAGUCAAAUCGAAUCGCCUACACUCACGAUAUUGUAGGCACAAUUUUAGCAAAUCUAAAUCUGCGGAGGUUUUAACGUGUGCUGUAAAAAACUCUGGGAUCACCCACAGACGUGAAAAUAAAAAGUUUCGAUCUCUGGAAAAACUAAGAAAAGAAAACGUAUCUUCACAAAGAAAUGCUAGCUGUUAUCCCAAUGCGGGUGAGACAUCAUCAAGCGAGAGUGCGACCGUCAGCCCUCCUCUUACUUCCAAAACCACGGCCACUAUCGAUUGUCCAGUGGGCAAGGACAAUAAUGACACGCUUGAUAAAGACGAACGUGUCAAGGGCAGACGAGUACCGUUGCUAAGCAAUAGCUUGCUUAUCUGUCCGUGUAAUCCCAGGAUGGAGAAUUCUGUGGAGAGACAAGGUACCGGUGUGGACACUUUAAUUUGUGAAGAUGCAAAUUCCAAAGAUAGAGCCAUGAUGAUAGAGAGACACAACGAAGAUGGUUACUGUCCAGAUAUGCACGUAACCCAUGACCCACUUCCAUCUAGGACUAGCAAAUUGUUGUGUAAUAAUUCACGACCAAAGUCUACAGUGAAAGGCUUACCCAAAAGUUGUGCGAGUCUGUUGGGAAAAAGUGAUCUCCUCUCUCUGAGACUGACAGACGCAAAUGGUUGUUGUGUUUGCAAGAAAAAUGAACGCUUUGACUCAUCCCCGAUCGGUAAGAGGUCUGAUCAUAGUUGUGAGUAUGAAGUGGAUAAACGAAACGCACAUAAAAGUGACGAUGAAGGUAGAGUCAACAUCAGCGGAGAGACAAGUGGUGAGCAGACAGGCCCUCAUUCCAAAACAACUGAAUGUAAAUAUGGUCACCGAAACAUUCUCCACUCAAUCCAAUCAAACCUUCCAAAUUCAUGUGUCCACAAAACGCCAGACAAAGGCUCCGAUAACGAAGUGAUUAUCUCCCCCUCAUUAUUUUCUAGCACUCAGGGCGGUCCCGUGGAGCAAACAAGUUCCUAUCACUCAGUAAUAAAAGAUACGUCAACAUCAGAGAGCAGUGAGCUAUCGAUCUGCCAGCAACAACAUAAUCGCCCGCAGCAUUCGCACUGUUCAACACUCACGCCUUCUGUAAUUACAAACAAAGCAGAGACAGAGGACGAGCGUCAAAUGAAUAAACCUUCAAAUACCUCUAGAGACAAGGACAGUCAUUUGUAUAGAGCUCAUUUGACCUUAAGGACUGCACGGCCCACGACUCCCUCGGGACCCGAGAGUUCCGAGCUUUGUCGAGAACAAAACUUUCAAUCUGCAGAGCCUCAAAGAGCAGCCAUUGAUCCCACCCGAAAGGCUACUGUUGGCGGAACACACCAAAUGAGUGGAGGGGUGGAUGAAAGGGGGAAUGGGGGUGCUAAAGUGGGGCUCAAGGAUGUCUCGUCAGAUUUCAAGAACAGUGUUUUAGAAAAGUGCUCAGGGCUGCUUUCGGGGCUCUUGGAACAAAAACAUUUAUGUAAGUCAGAGGGCGAUGUCAAUGGUCAUCCCUUGUUUCGCCCACAGAGCUCGGACAGCGCUCGGCUAUAUCGAGUAAAAGUUUCCAAAAGCUGCCCACUAUUCUGUUCCUAUUCUUGGCCUUCUAAAUCCAGACAUAACAAUUAUGUUACGGCAGCAGGGACGGAUAAUUCUGAGAGCCACCGACAGGAUUUGAGUCAUUCUAUUUGGGAGAAGGGAGAGGAAGGUUCCAAACAACGACAGGCGUGUAGCGAAAAUCAAAGACUUCUCAAAGACAGCUGUAAUACAAGUGGCCACUCGUUAGAACAGGCUAAUCGAUACCAUCCGUUGUUCUUUUCUCAGCACGAUUCGUCGAUGGGGGAAACAGACAUACGGGAACCCCUGGCCUCAGAGAACAGUGAUUUCGGGACAAACGGAGUCCCAGCGGGCUCUGGCCGCGGCUGUGGCAGCCAUGCAAAUGAAGUGAUUACCGCCCGGGCUACAAACACGAGUCAUAAUCCCAGUGCUAUUACAGGCUUUGACCUGCUAUCUCUGCGCGCUGAGGCCCGUCAGAAAAAAGCGGAAGGGUCUGAACAAUGGUGCGCUAAUAACAGUGUGACAUCGAAUAUUUCCACUGUCUCAGUAAACCCCACUGACUUCAACAGGAAGAAUUACCUGACGGCAGAGAAGAUCUCUGAAAGUGACAAGCCUGUACACAGCGAUGAGAGGGGGGUUUCCUUAAAUAAAAGUCCGUCCUUUCAGCCUGCGGACAUCGCUAGUUCUCUUGCAAACCCGUGCUCAUCUCUAACGCAUGGAGAUAGAGAACUGACAAACGGCAGCAAUCCUAUUUCUUCAACUGACAACUCGCCGUGCACUAAACAAGGAAAGCAUGGCCUAGAAUCCCCCGGUGCUGGUAAACAGUGCAGUCACGUGCUUCCGUCCGGGAACGUUGUGGUAUCUGAUAACAGCCCGGAAAUUACCGGCUAUUGUCCGGAAACAGUGACUGUUGUGGAAGAGAACAAUGAGCCAAGCUCCCACCAGACAGACACAACGGAAUGUGCAGUAAUUACGUCCGUAAGCCGCUCACUCCCUGAUCAGACUGACCGCUGUGCCCACGACCUAUUACGUAAUCAAUGUACCCGUAUUCCAGGAGCCGAAAUGAUGAGCAAGAUAGCCUCUCCUGGUGUUAAUUCAAAAAGGCAACUCUGUGACGUAGAAGACAAUUCAAUACGUACGGGAUUGUGUGACCCUGACCUUACUUCGAAAACAUCUUCGAGGAACUUUGUUAACAUAAACCCAACGCACUGUGGCCAAAAUAAACAAGAACCAACAUGUACAACUUCCGCUGACACCUCGCCCUUACUGCCAUCGUUCCACCAAAUGCUAUCGUCUGGACUAUUUCAGUUAAAUCAUAGUUUCACAAUCCAGUCAACUAACAGAAUGUUGACCGAUUUAUAUUAUCCAAACCGCGUUGGUUGUUUACAUCUAUUUUCACCUCAGCCUGGGAUGUGUUCUUUCAAUAUGACGGGGGAUACCUCGAAAUCACCAGUCUGCUUCACGUAUCUGAAUGCAUAUCUCCUUUGCUAUUCGACAUUCUCUCCAUACCCAGACAUAGCAAGCACUACACGCGAAACAAAGACCAAGGAUUGCACAACAUCUCACUGCUCACCCCCGUACGCUUCUCAAAGUUCUGACUUGUUCUCGGAACUUAGCAGUGGGUCGGCCCUGGGUGAACGCCCAUCUCAGAUCGCCCCGCCAGACUUGCAUCCCCCUCCAUCAUGGUGUAGAACUUCUCGAUGCCCUCCUCCCAAGCCAUCCCUUAAAACACAUCUCCUCAUCGGAGAAGCAGCCAAGGUUGUAACAACGAUUUUUAACGAUUUUCAAUAUACAGGAAUAGACACGUGUUCCCUCCCCAGAAAAUCGGGUCGGCCAAGUAACUAUCCUCAAUGGCCACACACAACAAACUUAAAUUUAUGUGUCACUCAACUUUUUUGUAUCAACCACACAGGCAGCAACUUUUUCAGCUCCAGACUUCAUUUCCUGUCGCAGCAAUCAGAAGCUGUCACCUUUUCGACGUCAGAACCAAUUGUUUACAGCUGUUCAGAUAGUGCACGAUUUCUACUCCGACCUCACAGCCUCCCGUGUCGACCUGGACGCUUUCACCCGCGCUCAAUUUAUAACUGCUUAGACCUAAGGCCUAUCACGUUGCUGUUUUCAGAAGAUAACAAAACUAUUCAAUUCACGGCCGGUUCUAAUUCAAUCUUCUUUAACUCACUUUCAACUCACAGUCUUCACUUCAUUUCUCUGUCAACAAACGAGCCUCUGGCAUAUUGGGUUUCAACUGGUAAUACAGCGCUGCUGUCGAUCGAUGCCACCUCAGUGCUUAAAGUCUCAGAUGAAUACAGAAUACGUGCAAUCAAUCGCCCCUAUGUGUUCACACGAGAAGAGGGAAUAUGGCAGGCUGACAAAUUAGCACCUCUAGAGGGAAGCAGAAAGAAUAUGAGUUGUAAGGAGCGGGGAGAAAUUAAAUCAAAGGCAGACGAACAAGUCAAAUCCGUGUCUGAUUUGCAUGAAACCAAUCCGACAUCUGGUUUUCGUCUCCCAAUCACAUUUGAUCCUUUGGCAGUUUGUCUCGAAUGCCAGACUCUAGAGAGUUACAUGUCACGCCAGGGUAAUCGAUACGACGAACGUCGUGACCGGAACUCCAAGAGGUCUGCAGAAAGGACGGUACCGAUAAAUGCUCUCUCGGUGGGGACUUCCGGUCAGCUCGGUGGCAUGUCAGCGGCCAGCGCUUGUUUUGAUCCGUUUGUUUGGGACGUCGAUAGCAGAAGUCUCUCCUUACGGCCAGAAGAUGAAGAACUAGCUUCCACCGCCCGACAAGAAACAGUGACGGGAAUUCCCAGAGACGGAGGGGUCAAUGAGUUAACAAACGGUCGACACCCUAUUGACAUUUCUAUCACCAGUGAUGAAGUGUGUAGUGCAGAGGCAACAGAUUUCGAAAACGGCCAUACAGUCUCAACAGUGAGGCAAUCGAAAAUGGAAUAUAUGCCUAAGCAGUUACUGAAACCCGAAAUGACCCCCGGUAAUAGCAGCCGUCAAUUUUGUCCAAACAUAUGUGAGAAUGUUCGUGUGUCUGCCCCAAGUUCAAAGGCGUUGGCGAUUCUUGGGGUGGACGAAAAUUUCGAACCACUACCUCGGGGUUGUCCGGCAUCGAUGGUAAAACACGACGACAAAAGACAAGAAGGGGAAAACACUAACUUUGAUGCUCGCCAGGCGAUCCACACCACGCUACUGGGAUGUUUACCCACCUUCACCAUCGAACACGUGAACGAGUUGGAACCAGGGGAGCCUUCCCAAACGUCAUCAACACGUUCUGGGGAGAGAACAAAAACGAAUGAGACGUGCGAGAUGUUCGUUCGCUCAGUGUUUGACGCCUUUCUCGCCACCAGCGGUUUUUCUUUCUCCAGCGAGCCGUGUCUGACGUCAAUCAAUGAUGAUGACGUAGACGCCGAAGAAGACACGCGCCUGUUGCAUAGUCUGAGUCGAGGGGAGGCAGACAGCCGGUACCGGCUAACGGCAAGCAGCACAAACAUCUCCCAACUGGAUGUCGGCGGGCAGCGAACGUACACGACGAACGCUCUCAUUCUGGGUACGUACCUGGCCCGGAUGAAAAGAGGAGCGGCCAGAAAGGGCCGUAGUAAAACCGGUUCCGUGUCGCCGUCCUGGUACUCGCUCAACGACCUGGAUCAGUCUGAGAAACACACGAGCCACAGGGGCUCUCGCCUUCUCUACGUGAACGCUGUGAGGAGACAGAUCAACCAGGCCCUGUCCUUGAAGAACAUCCGCAGUUUCUUCCGUCUUGACGAGUUGGCUGCAGCCGUGAAGAAAGGCCCGCGAGGAGUGUCCAAAUCACGUGACACGCUGGGGGCCAGUCGGAUUGACGUCAUCAUAACGCGCUGUGAGAGUCUGGUGAUGGACAGGCAAGCUAGCCAGGAGAUGCCACCGAUGAGAGACAGGGCUGCCACCCUGGACCCCUCUGCUCUGGAGACUACGUCACAUGGCUCUUCGUGUGACACAUCAAGCACGCCCCACCGCAGUCAGGCCACGCCCACGGGCCAAGCUGCGUUCACUAGCAGCACGGCAGACUCCCCCCACAGCUCCCUGUCUCGCUCAGAUGAUCAGUCAUUGGCCUAUCGUUCCAACGCUACGUCACUUGACCUUCUCUCUCCGGCCUCAGCCAGCAUCCGGUCAGGCAGCAUGUGUUCCGGUGUGUCCUCAAUGUCAAGGUUGUCACAGCUCAGCGCCUACACGGAGCACAGCAGAUCAGAUUGUGAGAAAAUCACCAAGAGAAGCGCCGAGCGGGAGCACAACAUCACCAAACUUCUGGCCGUCAUCACAGCCAUAUUCGUGAUCUCCUGGUCCAUCUCCUGGGCGGUCAUCUUGACCACAGCCUUAGCCCCGCCCACUGACACAAGCACGACGGACGUGAGGCGGAGCAUGGCCGCUCAGCUGUUCCUGGUGAACCACUUCUCCAACAUCAUGGUGUACACGGCUCUCAGCCAGUCGUUCAGGGAGAAGCUGCUACAGUGUCUACAGAUCCUGAGGUAAACGUGUGGAAGUGGCUACUCUCUUGAGGUAAACGUGUGGAAAUGGCUACUCUCUUGAGGUAAACGUCUAGAAGUGGCUACUCUCUUGAGGUAAACGUCUAGAAGUGGCUACUCUCUUGAGAUAAAGGUGUGGAAGUGGCUACUCUCUUGAGAUAAACGUCUAGAAGUGGCUACUCUCUUGAGGUAAAGGUGUGGAAGUGGCUAUUCUCUUGAGGUAAACGUGUGGAAGUGGCUAUUCUCUUGAGGUAAACGUGUGGAAGUGGCUACUCUCUUGAGGUAAACAUCUGGAACUGGCUAUUGUCACCAGGAGGGAGAGAGAAUAGCCUGUCUCCCCGUGUCUCGCUAUUCUCACCCCCCCCCCCCUCAUCAGGUGUGCUAUAGCACAGACACACACAGUACAGCACAGAGAAUAACUUAUAAGUUGUUGUACAGACCUAGAUAAGUUUCAGGUUUAGUUUAUUUAAUGGGCUGGAUGAAGGCCAUUUCACACCAUGAACAACAAACAACAGGGAAAAAAAAUAACAAGCUACACUAAAUCUAGAUCUAGAUCUAGACCUAGACCUAUGGUUAUAAUUAUAAUAUGCAAUGACAAGAUGUCUAGAGCAUAACGCAUCUGAUCUACCGAUACUCACAAAUAUAGCCUAAUUUUAAGAAGGCUAUUCGAUUGGGGUUGUUUUUUUUUUAAUUAAGGCUAUCUAUGGCUACGGCAAUCAGUAGUUGGCCUAGAUCUACAUGAAGAAACAUGCCCACACCGGGGUGGGGAUGAGAAUAACGGGUGAGUAUAUUUUCACCUCUUGAGAAUAUAAUUGGCGGCCUAAAGGUCUACUUGAUAUACCCCCCAUCUCCACCCCCCCC